AUGCGCAGUGUGGAUCACCAGCAGAAACCCGUGACUAAAGAUCACUGUUCUGGAGAGAAGCCAGAGGUGCUGGAGCCCGGAGCCAUCUAUCACUGUCACAGUAAUGCCAAGGCCACAGAGAACAGGGCAAACGAGCAAGUCUACGCCAAGUGGAAACUCUGGGCUGCUUCGGGAAUAUGCUUCGUCUUCAUGAUUGCGGAGGUUGUGGAUAGGCCCAAUGUCACCACAAAGGUCCUUAUAGAAGGGAAGCAUCAGGUCAGAGAGGGGAGAAGAUGCUGCAUUGCUGGCUUUGAAGAUGAAGGAAUACUAAGUGUGAUUUUGCACCAGAGGCCUCCUGGCCACAGUCACAAGGAAGUGCAAGCUAAUGCCAGUGUCAGAGCAGCUUUUGUGCAUGCGCUUGGGGAUCUGUUUCAGAGCAUCAGUGUGUUAACCAGCGCACUUAUCAUCUACUUCAAGCCAGAGUAUAAAAUGGCCGACUCAAUCUGCACAUUUGUGUUUUCUGUCCUGGUGUUGGCCAGUACCGUCACAGUCUUAAAGGACUUCUCCAUCUUACUCAUGGAAGGUGUGCCGAAGAACCUCAACUACAAUGCCGUGAAAGAGCUGAUCUUAGCGGUGGAUGGGGUGGUGUCUGUGCACAGCUUGCACAUCUGGUCUUUGACAACGAACCAGGUGAUUCUCUCGGCUCAUGUUGCUGCAGCAGCCAGCCGGGACAGCCAGGGCGUUCGGAGAGAGAUUACUAAAGCCCUCAGCAAUAGCUUUCCUGUGCAUUCACUCACCAUUCAGAUGGAAUCUCCCGCCGACCAGGACCCCAGCUGCCUUUUCUGUGAAGAGCCCCAGGACUAGUUCAGUCAGACCAUCAGCUUCCUGAGUUGACAGGUCACUACGUGAUGCUCUGCAGUUCCUGGAACAUAAAAAAUAAGGAACCAAAGGAAGAAGUUUGAGAAAUUGAUGAUAGAGUACAAUGCACAUUUUAUACUUCUUUAUUUAGCUCCACCCACCAUGAAUGAGAUGCAUUUGGAUUCACUAAUCAAUACUGAUUAUCAUCAGUAGUUGUGUUCCAUUUCAGGAAUACAUGUGUGGGCCAUUCCUAACUGGGGCUGAAAUAACAACUGUUUGUAACUACAGGCCUUAAAAAGUGCAUCGCCCUUCAAUAGCACAGCCCAAAGAUGAGUGGGUCAAGAUGAACUAAGGGAAGUCUGAUCAGGAAUCUGUGGCAAGGAGAGAGUCACAACAAUUUCCCAAAACUGGAGAAGUAAAAAUAAGAAGAGUCAAGUCAAGGAUAAAGAGAAUCUGGAGGCCCAAUACCUCAUAAGAACUUGACUAUCCCACCAGGUUGUAAUAUGAUUUAAGGCAAUUCUUUUGAAUCCCUUUCUAUCAACAUCACUAUUCACUAAAUGGGGUAGAAAUGCCCUUGCUCCAUCUUGCUUAUAAAUUAUGUUGUACUGUGUCUGAAACUAUU